AUGUCGGUCAAAAUUGAACGGGAUACCUUGCGGCAAACGGUCCAGAAUGUCAUGCCCAGCCAUGUUCCCGAGGGUACAAAGGGUCCUAUUCCGGGGACCAGCGGCAAACACCCCCUGGCCGAGCAGGUCGGUACAAUGUUGACCGGAGGUUUACAGAACGCUGGUACCAAAGGCUAUCUCGCUGCCUAUAUCAAGCAGCUCGAGUCGAAUCCCCUGCGAACAAAGAUGCUUACGGCUGGUUCCCUGGCCGGUGCCCAAGAGCUUAUUGCCUCAUGGCUUGCCAAGGAUCGCAACAAGCAUGGCCACUACUUUACUUCGCGUGUGCCCAAGAUGGCAGCUUACGGUGCUCUUGUUAGCGCUCCGCUGGGCCAUUUCUUGAUCUGGCUAUUGCAGAAAGUGUUCCGCGGUCGCACCAGUCUAAAGGCAAAGAUUUUGCAGAUUGUGCUUAGCAAUCUGGUGAUUGCGCCUAUUCAGAACAGCAUCUACCUGAUUGCUAUGGCCCUUAUCGCUGGUGCCCGCACCUACCACCAGGUCCGCGCGACGGUCAAGGUUGGCUUUUGGAGAGUCAUGCGUGUGUCUUGGAUCACGUCGCCGAUUUGUCUCGCGUUUGCGCAGAAAUUCCUUCCGGACCAGCUUUGGGUGCCCUUCUUCAAUGUCAUCUCCUUCAUCAUCGGCACUUAUAUCAACACCCUGACCAAGAAAAAGCGCCUUGCUGCUCUACGCAAGAAACACUUUGGUGACGGUCGCUCCAGUGGUAUGGUUCGCGCUGAUGACUAUCCUCCAAUGGGCCCCAAUCCACAGUACUAA